GUGAUCCAUCCCUCUCUCUCUCUCUCUUCCCCCAUGCCCGCACACAAAAUAGGCUCGCUGCUGUUCUGUCCCCAGUGCGGGACUCUGCUGUCUGCCCCAACGGACGACGCCCCCACCGUCGAAUGUGAACAAUGCCAUCACUUGGAGCCUGCUUCAUCUUAUGAGAACAUCGAGAUCAUAACACACUCUCAUCCGGACGCCUUCCCAUCUGCUCUUCGCCAGAAGCGGAUGACGCAAACUAAGAUACACCAAGGAAAAGUGUUGCCAAAGGUCUCGGAAAAGUGUCCCGCGUGUGGGUACAUGGAAGCAUAUUACGAAGAAAAACAGAUGCGAAGCGCGGACGAAGGGUCGACCAUUUUAUAUACCUGUGUGUCGUGCAAGCACGGCUGGAGAGUGAACAAUUGACCACUGCUGCGCAUCCGAACGCUUCAGCGACUAUGCUUACGACUACACGUACACUCCAACACUACAAAAGAGUGCCACCACGCCAAAUCCGCCCAGCACGCUUGCGAGCAACCCGACGCCCAACUCUCGAAUCGGGGCAGUUUUAGGAAGUCUGUGGGAAACAUUGUAGUUUCAGUAAUCAGUUGUAUUGGUAGCACAAACUCGGGAUGCGUACGUGGAGAAAUAAAAUGCAAGGGCAAAUGUUGACGACAGCAAAAUGAGAGCUAUGAACGGCAGCAGUGACGUGGGGACAUAAGGCGAGAACGAGGGAAGAGAGUUGUGGAGCGUCUUUUUGUCCAUCGUGAGCAGGUUUCCCUUGGAUGAAACAGCACUGGCCUACCUGUAUCGUUGCGUAGUCCAUG